GCACCUUCUGGCCAGCAGCUGGCGCAACAUAGGACACAACACAACCAAAUAUGUCUAACAUUGUUGGGAUAGAACAUGACAGGGUGACAAACACCACAUCCACUGACUUUCCAGGCUACUCUGCGGAUUCGGCUGGCUCUGAUUGGGACCUUGAGAAGUUCAAGAAAUCGUUCAACCUCUACAUAUCGUACAUUUCAGAGAGAACAGCCAACUUCGACCUUGUUGGGCUUGAUACGUCUAUUGCAAAUGCUUUCCGUAGAAUUAUGAUUGCGGAAGUUCCUUCGGUGGCCGCAGAGUACGUCUAUAUCUUCAACAACACAUCCGUUAUCCAGGACGAAGUACUGGCACACAGAAUCGGCUUGGUUCCAUUGAAAGUGGACCCGGACCAGCUCACCUGGAUCAACAGUGAGGCAGACGAAAAGGACAAAUUUACAGAUGAUAAUACCAUUGUCCUUUCUCUUGAUGUUGUAUGCACCAAGAACCCAAACGCUUCCCCCGACUCCACGGACCCUGACAACCUUUACAGAAACCACAAAGUGUAUGCCAAGCACUUGAAGUUUGAGCCACAAGGUCGUCAAGUCGAGCUUUUUGCCAACAACCCUGUUGUUCCAUGCGACCCUAAUAUUCUAUUAGCCAAGUUGAGACCAGGGCAGGAAAUUUCCCUCAGAGUCCAUUGUAUCUUGGGUAUAGGUUCGGAUCACGCAAAAUACUCUCCCGUUUCGACUGCAUCUUACAGACUUCUUCCUGUAAUUGACAUCAAGCAACCUAUUGUUGGAAAAGAAGCGUUGGAGUUCCAGAGUUGUUUUCCUUCGGGCGUUAUAGAUAUAAACGAAAAGGGUGAGGCGUACGUGAAGGAUGCAAGAAAAGAUACCGUUUCAAGAGAGGUGCUCAGACAUGAGCAAUUCAACGGAAAAGUCAAGUUGGGUAGACAAAGGGACCACUUUAUUUUCAACGUCGAAAGUUCUGGUGCCAUGCCACCUGAGGAAAUAUUCUUCAAAUCUGUCAGAAUUCUUAGAAACAAAGCCGAAUAUUUGAGAAACUGUCCAAUCGGGAACAUCAAUUGAUGUUAGGAUAAAGCAUAUAUAUUCAUGUACCGUCUGUAAUUUAAAAGAAUUAGAAAAGUAAAAUACAGGAAGCUCCAAAUACUCAUUUGGUCUCUUCUGCAUGUGCGUAUGUACAUCGAAUUACAGAAAACUGAUAUGAAAAGUAGCUUACAGUUUCAUAGUUUCCCAAAAGCUUCAAAUGGAUUGAGUUUGAGAAUAGUGGUCCUCCCUUGACGCCCAUCAUAUUCCCUCUGUGGAUCGUUGGUGCUAUUAGCACCCUCUGUUAUCCUUUCUACUAUUCCAAAACCCACUAUAUAAUUCAGUAAAACCUCAAUCAAUUGUA